GCCGCAGCCGCCUCGCCGGCGCCCGGCGAUGGCGGCGCCGGAGUACGUGCCGGUAGAGAUUCCGGCCGGAUGCCCGCACAGACUCAAUGGGAUCCGCGGACGGUUCGGGGGAGCUGGGUGAAGCCCCCGGGAAGGUGUUGGCAAAUCGGUCUGUGCGCGCCCGCGGGGUGGGCGUAUAUGCGCUCCAUGUGUUCGAUGAAAUGCGUCCUCUGGGCAGUGUCCGCGAGCGGCUGCACCGAAUGCUCCACGAGGGGGAGGAGAUCGUGCUGGUUCGUCGAUCCUUGCACAACCACCAAGCUCUCCUGUGUCCCGGUCGAGUCAGCUCGCUGGAGUGCUUCCCAAUCCAAGGGUUCUGUUGGCCAUCAGCGGUGGACCACAGGUCUCCUUGUCAUUGCGUGUCACCAGCUAACACUGCAAUCUAAAUUAUUUCCCUUCAUGCAAUAUGCAAUGACGUCUUCUAGAAAUGAAACCAUGGUCUGAAUUUUGGAAUGAUCUUAUUCUGCCACCAUUAGCUAACCAAAUGCCUUACAUAUUUAACCUAAGCAACCUAGCUCCAACAGCAGCAGCAUUUCCAUUUGCAUGCUCCAUAGUAAGAUAUGGAGGGUGCUGUCUUUAGUUUGACUGAGGGUGCAGUGAGGAUCCUGCUGUGCAAGCUUGGUUGCCUUCUAUCUGAGGAGACUUGGCUGGUGCGGGGUGUCCAUGGCGAGAUACAAUACAUCAAGGAUGAGCUCGAGUGCAUGAAUGCCUUCCUACGCACUCUCACCAUAUCAGAGAUCUAUGACGACCAAGUUAGGAUCUGGAUGAAGCAGGUGAGGGAGAUUGCCUAUGACUCUGAGGAUUGUAUUGACGAAUUCAUCCAUAACCUAGGAGAGUCAUCAGAAAUGGGCUUUUUUCGUCAGCUCAUAUUUAUGCUUCGCAAGCUAGCUUGUCAUCACCGCAUUGCUGUCCAACUACAAGAACUGAAGGCCCGUGCUCAGGAUGUUGGUGAGCGGCAUUCACGGUAUGGGGUGGAGCUAGCAAAGGCCACACAUCAAGAAGUGCAUCCAAGACUCACCAGGCACGCCUCAGUUCAUCUGGAUCCACAGUUGCAUGCUCUCUUCGCGGAGGAGGCUCAGCUGGUUGGCAUCGAUGAGCCUAGGGAUGAGCUUGUUAGCUGGCUGAUGAAAGAUGACAUUCGGCUUCGCGUGCUUGCUAUCGUUGGGUUUAGUGGCCUUGGAAAGACUACUCUGGCAAGGAUGGUGUGUGGGAGCCCUGUGGUGAAAAGUGCUGAUUUUGAGUGCUGUCCAUUGUUCAUUGUUUCACAGACGUUCAACAUCAGGGCACUUUUUCAGCACAUGUUAAGGGAGCUGAUCCAGGAGCCACACAAGGCGAUGGCAAUAGCAGGAGGCAAGAAUGGCCUUAUUUCAGAGGACUACCUGGAGGGAAUGGAAAGGUGGGAGAUUGCCGUACUGACUAAGAAUCUCAGGAGGUAUUUCCAAGACAAAAGGUACAUUGUGAUCCUUGAUGACAUAUGGACUGUAUCGGCAUGGGAGAGCAUAAGAUGUGCAUUGCCUGACAACUUAAAGGGUAGCAGGAUAAUAGUAACCACCCGCAAUGUAGAUGUUGCCAACACAUGCUGUUCUCGUCCCCAAGAUCGGAUUUACAAUAUCCAGCGACUAUCAGAAACGACAUCACGAGAACUGUUCUUCAAGAAGAUAUUUGGUUUUGCAGAUAACAGACCACCAAGUGAUGAGUUAGAGGAAGUGUCAAAUUCCAUUUUGAAGAAAUGCGGAGGUUUGCCAUUAGCAAUAGUGAACAUCGGCAGCCUUCUUGCAAGCAAGACAAAUAGGACCAAGGAGGAGUGGCAGAAAGUUUGUAAUAACUUAGGAUCUGAACUUGAAAACAAUCCCACCCUGGAAGGAGUGAAACAAGUCUUAUCCUUGAGCUACAAUGAUCUACCCUAUCAUCUGAAAGCCUGCUUCUUGUAUCUAAGUAUUUUCCCUGAAAAUUAUGUGAUCAAGAGGGGGCCCUUGGUGAGAAGGUGGAUAGCUGAAGGUUUCGUCAGCCAAAGGCACGGACAAAGCAUGGAACAGCUUGCAGAAAGUUACUUUGAUGAGUUUGUGGCUAGAAGCAUUGUGCAGCCAGUGAGAACUGAUUGGACUGGUAAGGUGAGGAGCUGCAGAGUUCAUGAUUUGAUGUUAGAUGUCAUUGUGUCCAGGUCAAUUGAGGAGAACUUUGCAUCAUUCAUAUGUGACAAUGGAAGUACAUUGGCCUCCCACGACAAAAUCCGUCGCCUCUCCAUUCACAGUAAUUACAAUUCGUCUCAAAAAACAAGUGCCAAUGUAUCUCAUGUUCGCUCCUUCACAAUGUCUGCUUCCGUUGAGGAAGUCCCAUUGUUCUUUCGGCAACUACGGUUAUUAAGAGUACUUGACUUGCAAGGCUGCAACUGCUUGAGUAACGAAACUUUGCAUUGUAUGUGCAGGUUUUUCCAGCUGAAGUACCUAAGCCUCAGAAAUACCAAUGUGUGCAAAUUACCACGGCUAGUAGGAAAUCUGAAACACCUGGAGACACUAGACAUUAGGGCAACACUUAUCAAGAAACUACCAGCUAGUGCAGGAAACCUGAUUUAUCUCAAGCAUUUGUUAGUGGGGCACAAGGUACAGCUUACAAGGACAGCCAGUGUGAAGUUCUUGAGACAAUCUUCAGGUUUGGAGGUGGCGACUGGGGUGGUCAAGAACAUGACGGCUUUGCAAUCACUUGUCCAUAUACUGGUGAAGGAUAAAUCGCCAGUGCUGCGGGAGAUUGGCCUGCUGCAAAAUCUGACAAAGCUCAAUGUUCUCUUGCGUGGCGUGGAAGAGAACUGGGAUGCAUUCCUUGACUCUCUGAGCAAGUUGCCUAGCCCUCUUCGUUCUCUAUCCAUUCACAUUUUGGAUGAGAAGGAGCACAGCUUAUCACUGGACAACCUGGCUUUUGUCAAGUCACCUCCUUUAUUCAUAACUAAUUUUAGCCUGGGUGGUAAGUUGGACAAGCUACCUCCAUGGAUAUCAUCGCUCCGAAACGUAUCCAGGUUUGCUCUUCGUCACACUGAGCUCCAUGCCGAGGCCAUAGGAGUUCUUGGAGACCUGCCAAACCUGCUCUGCCUGAAACUCUAUUACAAAUCAUAUGCUGAUGAGAGCAUAGUUUUUCGUCCUGGUAAAUUUGCGAAGCUCAAGCUGUUGAUCAUUGAUAACCUGGAGAGGAUUGAGAAGGUGCUCUUUGAGGGGGGUUCAGUGCCUAAUCUGGAGAGGCUGACAUUGUCAUUUCUGCAAGAACCCAGGUAUGGGAUUUUAGGUCUGGAGAAUCUGGCAAAGCUGAAGGAGAUAGAGUUCUUUGGCGAGAUCAUAUUAUCUGUGGUGACUAAGGUGGCAUCCUACGUGAAGGCGCAUCCAAACCACCCACGAGUCAUAGGUGACAAAUGGAAUAUUGUAACGGAGUACGCGUAAGGAGCAUCCUCUGAAGUCUGAACAACACUGACUUAGAAAAAAAAGAUCCUACAUAAAACUUUAUAGCAUUGUCUAU